AAGUUACAGUUUGAGAAAACCCUUUAUUCCAGUCACUAUUUUCGCUUCACAUCUUUUUUAAAGAAUUUUUGCGAGUUGAUUUAUCUUAACGAUUUUUAUAUUUAAAGAGUAUUUACUCACAUCAGGAUUACAUAAAAACAUGCCCAUGGUUAUCUGUUUGGAAGAAUGACUUCAACAAAGCCUGCGCGAUAUGGUCAUUUGGUGGUAGCUAUUCGUCACUGUGGAGUAACUUUAACAAAGGAAUUAUUCCUGAAAAGAGUCAGGGAUAAGACACCUGGAGAAACUGACCAUGCUUGGAAUGUAGAUGAUUUUUUAAGGGAACAUAAAACAGAAUUGCUCAAGCAUAAGCAGAUAAAUGCAAACAGAUAUAAGUUUUACCCCAGGAGUAAGAAAAAAGCAAAUAUCAGUGAGUGGGACUUGAGCACGCUUUGCUUCCUACUGUUAAAAUUCUGCGAUCUGAGACCAGAGACGCGCCAAGACAUAUCUAGUUUGCAAGAUUUAAGAAACAACGUCAUUCAUUUUGGAGGUACUGAUGACAUUUCAGCAGACAUAUAUGAAAGUUAUAUCGAAAGGUUGAAGGGCAUCACUGACAGGUGUACAAAAGAGCUUGACAACCAUCAGCUUAAGUCAGAACUAGAAAAUGUCAUUUUAAAUGACCAAAACAUUCAAGAAGAAGACGUUGAAGAAGGAGAAGAAGAAUUAAAACAAUGGUUUUACGAAGAACAAAGUUUUCAAGUUGGAAUUGCAAUUGAGAGCGAUGGAAAGGAUGUUGACGAAGUAAAGACAAGCUUGUUGAAUUAUCAUUUGAAAUUUGAAGAAAAUCAUCGGUCGACAAAUAUUGAGAUGUCAAUAUCGGUUGGUAUUUGUUGGAUGGCUGGAAACAAAAAUUCAAAAGAACUUGCAGCAGCUCAACAAGACUUAUCAUCGGGAACAAUUUCCCCUGGAGAAUCGUCAGCAAGAAGAACCUUACGAAUAAAUAUAGAGAAGAUCUCAGACGACGUUCGUAAAAUGGGAGAUCCUGAUGUUGAGAACGUUGGACCUGGUUCUAUUAUAUUCAAGUUCACAUGUUCCUCAGUAACAUCAGUGAUAUACCUUCUAGAUUACUUUAGUGGACCAAUAAUAGGAAGAAGAUUGCAAGAUAUGUCAAAAGCAAUUGAAGAAAUGGUUGAAGACUUCGUGACUUUGCAAGUAUAUAUUCCUAAUAAUGUAUACGAGGAAAUAAUCAAAACGUUAGAUGCUGUGUUAUCAAAUGAGGAAAAUUUAGGAGCUGUGGGGUACAAAAGGCAAAAGUUAAGCGCAAAGAUUUUCAAGGACCCGCUAUAUGGCCAGAUAGAGAUUCAUCCUCUAUGUUUGAAGAUAAUCGACACGCCACAGUUUCAAAGAUUGAGGCACAUAAAGCAAUUAGGGACUCUUUAUUUAGUUUAUCCAGGAGCAAGUCACAACAGAUUUGAACAUUCUAUAGGGGUAUGCCACUUAGCCGGAAAGUUGCUAAGAGUUCUUAAAGAACGCCAGCCUGAGCUAGACAUCACAUCAAAGGAUAUACUGUGUGUAGAGGUUGCUGCGCUUUGUCAAGAUCUUGGCCAGGGUCCAUUCUCUCACGUGUUUGAACAAAAAUUCAUACCAUCAUAUAUGUGUCCUGGUGAUGAAUGGAGGCACGAGAUGACCUCAGUGAAGAUGUUUGAGCAAAUGUUAAGUGAAAACAAUGGUCAACUGUAUGAUGACUUCAAGUGGAUGAUACCUAGUUUUGAAGACAGAGAUAUUACAUUCAUAAAAGAACUCAUCGGUGUUCGUCCGAACAUUAAUGAAGACAAUUGGCCUUACAAAGGACGAAACAAGUUGAAGAGCUUUCUUUAUGAGGUAAUAUCGAACCCCGUGACAGGGAUAGAUGUCGGUAUAUGGGACAGUAUAACCCGAGACAGCUACAUGUUAGGGAUGGAUAUUGCUUGUGACCAUGAUAGAUGCAUACAACACGCGCGGGUUCUUACUGCAGACGGAAGAAAACAAAUCUGCUACAGAGAAAAGGCAGCACAGAACUUGUAUGAUAUGUUUUAUGCAAGAAGUAGUCUAUUCAGGAGAGCAUACCAGCAUAAGACACACAACAUCAUUGGACUAAUGAUAUGCAAUGUAUUGCGUGAUGCAAAUGAUCACAUUUCAUUUGUUGGAGAAAACGGGGCCAGGGUGAAAAUGUCUGACACAAUCUACGAUAUGAAGGCUUACACACAUUUAACUGAUGACGUCAUUCAAAAGAUACAGCGUUCUUCAAAAAAGAGUCUUGAGAAAUCAAAAUCUACCUUAGAAAGAAUAAUUCGCAGAGAUUUCUACAAAUGCAUUUGCCAAAUACAAGUUAAGGUGACGAAGAGAGGUUGGUUUGAGAAGACAUCUGUCCAAGAAAACUUGUUUAACAGGAUUAAUCAGAAACGAAAUGACGUGACAGAUUUGUCAGAAAUCCUUGAAAUAGAUGUUGUUAACCUGGAUUACGGGAGCAAGGACAAAGAUCCAGUUACAAAUGUCUGGUUUUUCAAAAAAGGCCACCAAGAAGAUAUACCUAUACGAAUUGAUAAAGACCAGGUGUCUUUUGUCUUACCCGACACGUUUGCGGAGCAGUCUGUUCGAGUAUAUUGUAGUGAAUCAGAUCCACAGUUAUUCGAUGUUAUUAAAGAAUCUUUCGCAGAAUGGUGCGAGGAAAAUUAUAUUUCGCAACCAAAGGAUUCCUGUGAGCCGUUGGAAAGCUCCUCGGGACAUCUUUGAGAAGAAUUUUAAGUUGAGUAUUCAAGCAGCCAUACUGUCACUGUAAAUGUCAUUUGACAACCUUCAUUAUCACCGAUCCGUGAUAAAUGAUCCAAAUAAUCUUAUAAUACGAAAACUUUGCUGUUUGAUAAUGAAAAAAAAAACACAUUAUUAUGAAACAGCUGACUAACUUCUAUUUAAGUUUAUAAUAUCGUCCAUGUGCCAUAGCAGAUGUCCUUAUAGCACUUAAUUAAGUACCUUCAGUAACAUGCUCUUGGAAAUGUAUUCCAAUUUAAAAACUGAAAAAGUUUACUUUGACAGUUUUGGAGGAAUUGACCUAAUUAAAAACAAAAAGUAAAUAAAGGGGCCUAACUUGCAAAGAUUAUUUUUAGGAUUAUCUGCCCUUCUGAAAUGGUGUUAUGUUUUUAAAGGGAACAUAUUUAUCGAUAUAGAAGUGAAUUACUUUGAUAGUUUAUAAUGAAAUGGACAUUAACAAAAAGGUUAACCAGAUAUAAAAAUUUAAGUUGAAAAAGUGGCAUGGCUUUGCAAAACAAUAAAUAUGUUUACCAAGUUAAGAGUGAGUAGCUUUGAUAGUUUCUCUGAAAAAUGACUUAACAACAAAGACGCCAACGACGACGAAAGGAUCAUUCAAUAGCUCCCCCUUUUUCUUCGAGACGUGCAGCUUCAAAUUGGUCAAAACGUUCCUGUCAGAUAGACAAGAAAUAUUCUGGUCCAUGCAGACAAUAUCCUCUGGUGAGCGGUAAAGGGCAAUCAUGGCCCUCUUGUUCAAAAUUUUAUCCAAUAAAUUUUACAGUUUUUCAUUCUCGUAUACCCCUUUAAAAUUACUUUCUUUUAAGAUUAACAUAUAUAUCAUAAGCUUAUACUUAUUAUUGGCUUGGUAUUUUUGCAUAAUAAUCAGGCAACUCAUUUGAUGUGUUAUACAUGUUUUUAACAGCUUUUUUCAUCCACUAUGCCUUGUAUCUUAGAAAUAUUCUUGUUGAUAAAACUGAUGUGUCUUUAUUCAACAAAAGAAAUAAAUGCUGUAAACAUGCAUUGACAGUUAAAAUGUCAUUAUUUUUGGUAAGAUAUUUG